AUGUCACAAAAAGUAACUAUCUCUGUUGAAGAAUAUAUUCAUAUGUUAAUAAAUGAAAAAGAAUUAAAAAUGUUAAAAGAUGAGACUAUCCAUCUUCUCAAAGAGAAAGAAAUAAAUAAAAGAUUAAUUAAAGAAAUGGAGAUGAAAAAUAAUAGUCUCAGUGAAUCAGUUCAAAAAGAAACUAAAAAAUGUGCACAAUUAGAAUAUAAAAAAAGAUAUUUAGAGAAUAAACUUAAUCAAUUAGAAAAUGAUAAACAAUUAAAUGAGAAAGAAAAAUUAGAAACAUUAACUGAAAUAAAAACAAAUUUUAAAAAACAACCAGAAUUAUUUAUUCAACAAGAAUAUUUACAUGAUGAUCUAUACAAUGAAAAAAAUUUGAAUCUUAAACAUUCAUUUUCUUCUGAAACAAAACCAAUAGACAUAAAGAAUACAUAUUUACUUAUACCAUUAUUGACUAAAAAAGAAAGAACUAAUUCAUUAGGAAAAGUUACUGAACCAAUGACUGAUGAAAUUUAUAAAAAGGUUCUAAUUUUUUUAAAUGAUAUUCCAAAAGAUGAGAAGUAUAAAAUUACUACUAAUAAAGUUGUUAAAAUUACCCCAUUAUUUAUUUUUGAAGUUCAAUACGACUUAUUUGUUAAUAUAUUUAAAACAUUUAUUCAAAAUAAAAAAGAAGUAGUACUUAUUAAUAAAUAUCCAAGUAUAUCAUCAAAGGUUUUAUUUCAAGAAUAUUGUAAUCAAGCAGGAAUUCAUUGUUCUAAUUCUACUUAUGAUGAAAAAAUUAGAUGGCAAAGAGUUCAUGUUGCAAAGUUUAAUAAAUGUAUUGUUGCACUGGAAAAACAAAGAAAAAAAGAUGGUCUAAAUAUAUCUUUUUCUUUUAUUAAACACAGAUGUCCUCGUUUCCAGUUUAUUGGUUUAGGUAAAAUGUAA